CGCAUGCGCACAGUUGACAAAAGACUCUGAUGGAUCGGUGACAGAAAUGGCAGGGAAGUUGUGAAUGGAAAUCUCAAACUCAACUACACAUCAGCUUUGCUGUCUCUGCAGAUAUUUCAGGAGCGGCCAGAUAUUUCCUUUGUAACACCAAUUAUCUCUUGUUGAUCCUUGGAGGUGAAGAAUUAUCUCAUCCCUGCUGGAAAUGUGCUUUGUGACUGAAAUGAACCUUUCGUUGUAACUCAGUGAAAUCCACUGAAAUAGACGUGCUGCGGACACACCAGCAUUUGUUCACUUGAGAUCUGGUCUUCAACUGCAUUGAUUGUAUGAGGGAUUCACUACAUCCUGAAUUGCUGAAUUGUCAGAGAACUGAUAGAGAAACUGCAGGAAGAGAUUCACACACUCAUCCCACCUGCUCAGAUUGUGGCAAGGGAUUCACUCAGUCAUCUGACGUACAGACACAGCAGUCAGUUCACACUGGGAGAUGCCAUUCACCUGCUCAGAAUGUGAGAAAGGAUUUCGUUGGCCAUUUCAACUGAAGAUACAUCAGCGAGUUCACACGGGGGAGAGGCCGUUCACCUGCUCAGACUGUGGGAAGGGAUUCACUCGGUCAUCUGACCUGCUGGCACACCAAUUAAUUCACACUGGGGAGAGGCCAUUCACCUGCUCAGACUGUGGAAAGGGAUUCACUUGGUUAUCUCAAGUGAAGAUACACCAGCGAGUUCAUACUGGGGAAAGGCCAUUCACUUGUACUGAAUGUGGGAAGGGUUUCACUCACUCAUCCCACCUACAGAGACACUGGCGAGUUCACACAGGGGAAAGGCCGUAUGUCUGCUCUGAAUGUGGGAAGGGAUUCAGUCACUCAUCCCACCUACAGAGGCAUCAGCAAGUUCACACAGGAGAGAGGCCGUAUGUCUGCUCUGAAUGUGGGAAGGGAUUCACUCGAUCAUCUCAUCUACUGGCACAUCAGUCAGUUCACACUGGGAAGAGACCAUUCACCUGCUCAGACUGUGGGAAGGGAUUCACUCAGUCAUCUGACCUACUGGUACACCAGUCAGUUCACACUGGGGAGAGGCCAUUCAACUGCUCAGACUGUGGGAAAGGAUUCACUCGAUCAUCUGACCUACUGGCACACCAGCGAGUUCACACUGGAGAGAAACCAUUCACCUGUUCAGACUGUGGGAAGGCAUUUCCACGGUCUUUCCAACUGAAGAUACAUCAGUUAGUGCACACCGGGGAGAGGCCGUUCACCUGCUCAGACUGUGGGAAGGGAUUCACUCAGUCAUCCGACCUAUUGGCACACCAGCGAGUUCACACUGGGGAGAGGCCAUUUACCUGCUCAGACUGUGGGAAGGGAUUUCCUCGGUCAUUUCAACUGAAGGUACAUCAGCGAGUUCACACUGGGGAGAGGCCAUUCACCUGCUCAGACUGUGGGAAAGGAUUUGCUCGAUCAUCUGACUUACAGACACACCGUUCAAUUCACACGGGGGCGAGGCCAUUCGUUUGCUCAGACUGUGGGAAAGGGUUCACUCAGUCAUCACAUCUGAAGGUACAUCAGCGAGUUCACACUGGGGAGAGGCCAUUCGCCUGCUCAGACUGUGGGAAAGAAUUCUCUCGGUCAUCUGACCUACUGGCACAUCAGUUAGUUCACACUGGGGAGAAGCCAUUCACCUGCUCAAAUUGUGGGAAGGGAUUCACUUAUUCAUCCAACCUACAGAGACACCAGCGAGUUCACACAGGAGAGAGGCCAUACCGCUGCUCUGAAUGUGGGAAGGGAUUCACUCAAACAUCUCACCUAUUGACACACCAGUCAGUUCACACUGGGGAGAGGCCGUUCACCUGCUCAGACUGUGGGAAGGGAUUCUCUCGAUCAUCUGACCUACAGAGACACCAGCGAGUUCACACUUUAAAGAUGUUCACCAACUCAGUCUGUGGGAAGGAAUUCCCUCAGUCAUCCGACCUACAGGUACACCAGUCAGUUGACCUGAUGAAAGGCUGUGCACCUGUCUGUGGGAAGGGGUUUACUUGAUAGUCCAGCCGACAGACACACCAAGUCAGUUCAAACUGGGGUGAUGUCAUUCACCUUUUCAGACUGUGGGAAGGGAUUCACUUCAUCAUCUUAUCUGAUGGUACAUCAGUAAGUUCACACUGGGUAGAGGCCACUCACCUGCUCAGAUUGAGGACAGAGAUUCACUCAGUCAUAUGAUUUGCUGGACACAUGAGUCAGUUCACACUGGGGAAAUGCUAUUCACUUGCGAAGAUUGUGGGAAGCGAGUCACUUCUUGAUCUCAACUGAGGGUACAUCAGCGAGUUCACACUGGGGAGAAAACACUCACCUGCUUGGAUGUGGGAAGGGAUUUACAGUCAGUCAUUUGAACUGAAGCUACAUCAGUGAGUUCACACAGGAGAGAUUUACUCAGUUAACCAACCUUGUGGCGCAUUACCAAAUUCACACUGGGGAAAACGUAUCACCUGUGUGCUGGAUAUAAUUCAUUACAGUUGCUGAAUCCAGAGGUUUAAAAGAAACUGUUGGUGUCGAACUCUGUAAUUAUUGCUGCUGCUCAUCACACUCAGUUCUGCACCCUGGCCACUGGGUAUGGGAGGAGUUUCUUCUGAUGUUUACCUUUACUGGGAUUGAAAUUUAAUGUUCUGGA